UUCCAUCUCCAUCUGGAAUUGUGAACUCCCACAAACUACAUAUAUAUCUACAAGUACAAUAUACGGUUUUGCCUUAAAGGAAAGGUCAAACAACAAAACUCAGUUUCACCUAUCUCGAAAUUUCGAAUUGAUUAUGGUGAGAUCGUGUAUCAAUAGUCGGAAGAAGAAGAAAUCGUCGUGUUCAUUGAAUUCCUUGACCGAUGAUUUAUUGAUUGAAGUUCUCCAUCGUCUUUCUUCAGGAAAAUUGAUUUAUCAAUGCAAGACAGUAUGCAAGCGUUGGUGCUCUCUCCUAUCCUCUCCUGAUUUUCUACGCCGGACUCCAAUCCCAUCCACAGUCAUCCUGAAUCCAUAUGCUGAUUAUGGGCAGAUACUUCUUCUUGAUUCAGAUUUCGGAGCUAGUAUUUCAGAUCCUGCACAGAGUUUCAAAUUUUUGACUUCAUGUCACGACCUACUCCUAGUCUCUCCCAAAGAGGGCGACUAUAGAGGUACCUGUUGCAUCUUGAAUCCAUUCACUAUGGAUUUUCUUCCGCUCCCGAGGAUGUGGAGCAGUGUUGCAGUGUUUGGGUUCGUUUUUGAACCCUAUGAUUAUUGUUGCCCUCCAAAUACGAGGUACCGAUUUAGGGUCGUGCGCUUCCCUCAAUUUGGAUACAGUACUUACCAGUCAAAUUUCGAAUUCCAGCUUUAUUCUUCUGAAACUAACGAAUGGACCAAUGGAUGUGAGAUGCCGAUGAUGCUGCACAAGGAAGAUUUUGCCUUUCUCCGUCUCUUCUCUAGUCCUAUCUCCUUUCAGGGAAAACUGUACUGGGGUAGUUUACGGGUGUUGGAUUUGCCAGCUCCUCCUCUCCCUGCUCCUUGGACUGGUUUUCGUGCCGGGUGCAACAUUUCAAAGUGCAUUCUGAGCCUUUGGGAGCUCAAUGAUCAUAAAACAGGAUGUGAUCAGUGGAGCUUAGUACAUCAAGUCUUUAUCAGUGAGCUAGUUUCAAACGAUUAUAGGGUCGUCCAGGAAUUAACGACGAAAAGUUGUCCAGAUAUAAUCCCAGUGGCAUUGCAUCCUAGUGAUGGGGAUUGCGUUUUUUUGUGGAUUGGUGGGCUUAUUCUGUCCUGCAAUAUGCAAAACAGAGAAAUGGAAGUUGUCGGUGAGAAUCCUGGAUUUUCCAAUCCUUGCAUCCAACUUGAGGUUCCAUGGGGGCCUGCGCCACGUACUCUCCUCCAAAAUCCUCUCACAUAGUGUGACUUGUAUUAUGUACUCUAUAUGUUUAAUCAAUUACAACUUCAUACUUGACCAAAAAUAUGAAUAUUUCUGAUAGCACACACCACUUCGAUCUGCUUUAGAUAUUACAGU